CAACACAACGGAAGUAUUUCCAGGGGACACUUAAAUGUGACAGGCUUGUUGUUGACGCGGAUUUCGAGUCACAGCUCAGUCACCGUCUCUUUCCGUCAGUGGUGUUGGAAAAUGAGAUAAAAAAUCAAAAUGUAUUGUCCCUUCUGUGGUGUCGGAUUGGAUAACUCGCCAAAAUUUUGCUGUUCCUGUGGCCGAGAUAUCGGCUUUAUAAAUGAGGCAGCUUCUACAGUAUCUAGGACUGCAGGGACUGAUGCAUCUUCCUUCCCAGCAAAGUCAGCUGUGCAUCAGUUCAUGAGAUACAGAGAACUAAAAGAAACUGAGAGGAAGACAUUUUCAAAACCCAAAAAGAAAUCAAUGUAAACAGUCAAGAUUUCUGUUGGGAUGAUGCGCAAGACCAAGCAUGGCUUUAAGCCCAUAAGAGGAAAAUGUCUACCUCUACAAGUGGAACCUCAGUGGUCAUCAGAGAAACUUUUGGCAGCUGCCUGGAAAAAAUUAAAAGAUUUCAACCAAGACCUGAAAGAUGGAGAAUAUGUCUUGCUCUAUCCUGAUGGCUCGCAGAUAAAACAUAUCCCUGGGACUGAGACACCCUUUACAAUUGAAAAGUACAAAGAGGCCAUUGGAAAAGCUUAUCAAAGGAUCACAUUGUACAUCUGCACCCUUGAGGACUUGAGUGACAGAGAUGACUCAGAGGAUGAGGAGGAGGAGGAUGAUGAGGUUGUUGUUAGGGUGCCACCCAAUAUGUCACCUCUUUCUGACACAGUGCUAUGGACAAGUCCUGAGUGCAGUACACCAGAGUGUAGUCAGUGGUCAACCGCAACAUCCCAUCCAUCUAAUGGACAAACCAAGAGUGUGACAAGGCCCCAACAGACAAUCACCUCGGAAGAUCAGCUUACUUCAAGUGACUUCUACAACACAUACACCAGUAUCUAUGCACCUGUCAUCACUGACAGCAGUUCUUCAGAUUGUGAGGAAGUAGAGAAAUUGCCAAAGGAACGCAGGUACUAUCAGCACCGAGUUGUUUACGUUAAGCGUUUCUUGUUUUUCUAACCCUCAGAUAAGAUAUAUAUUGUCUCAAACCAACUUAGACAUUUGGAGUUGCUUGCCAUGAUGGUGAGAUUCACAGAUGAUGUUGGGCAGAUGGAAGAGGCUUUGGACACCAGUGGGCCCACUCGAUAAUUUCUUACUCUUUUGAUUGACACCGUGAAGACAAGACGUGUAUUUGAAGGCAAAGAUAAUGCCAAAUACCUCUCAUUCGAUAGUAAAGGUAAUCCUGUUUUGUCAUGUUUUUACAAUGUCGUAAAUUGAUUUGUCCUGACAUUGCAAUAUUGGCAUUUUCUAGCUUUGGAAGAUGAUGAAUACUUCCACGUUGGAAGAAUGAUUGCAGUCUCUAUUGUCCAUGGCGGUC